UUUUAAUUUUAUUUUGCAAUCUUUCUUUCUUCUUCCUCCUCCACAUUCCCAUGGCCUUCCACAACGGUUCUAUGAUCCCUGCUCUUGCCUACGCCAAUUAUCCACCGACAAUGGAGGCGCAACCCUCUACGGCGGCGAUUCCCCGGCAAUCUGAACGACGACGGCGGGGAGAAUUCCCGGCGGUUGUUGAAACAGAUCAAAUUACGAUCGGUCAAUCUAAGCAGCCGCAGUUUCUGAAAUCAAUCGACGAUUUGGCUGCGUUUUCAGCUGCGGUGGACGCUUUCAAACGCCAAUUCGAUGAUUUGCAGAAGCACAUCGAGUCAAUUGAAAACGCAAUCGAUUCAAAACUCAAGAGUAACGGCGUUGACAUCGCCGCUUCUUCCGAUUUCCAUCAGCCGUUAUCGCCACCGCGGAACAAUGCUUCUGUAGAUACCACCACCGUGACUGUGAGCCAAUCGUCUCAGGAUCCUGUACCGGCGAUUUCAGAUAAACCGGAAGGGGAACGUUUGUGUGAUCCUAUACCGGCGAUUUCAGAUAAAUCGGAAGGGGAACGUUUGUGUGAGUCAAUGUGUAGCAAAGGUCUGCGUAAAUACAUCUACGGGAAUAUCUCUGAUCGAGCUAAGCUAUUGGAAGAGAUUCCUGUAGCUUUGAAGUUGGCUAAGGAGCCAGCCAAGUUUGUGUUCGAAUGUAUUGGCAAGUUUUACUUACAAGGGCGUAGAGCUUUUUCUAAGGAUUCGCCUAUGAUCUCUGCGAGACAUGUUUCGCUUCUCAUUAUGGAGUCUUUUCUUCUAAUGCCUGAUCCUGGUGAAGGGAAGGCAAAGAUUAAGAUUGAGAGUUCUGUUAAAGAUGAGGCGAAGGCGGCUGCUGUUGCGUGGAAGAAAAGACUGGUGGGUGAAGGAGGAUUAGCUGCGGCUGAGCUAAUGGAUGCAAGGGGUCUGCUUUUACUGAUUGCUUGUUAUGGUGUUCCUUCAAACUUUAAAAGUAUGGACGUGUUGGAUUUGAUACUGACUUGUGGUUUUAAUGAGAUUGCGGGUGCUUUGAAACGGUCGCCUUUUCUUGUCCCUAUGAUUUCAGGUAUAGUUGAAUCAAGUAUCAAGCGUGGAAAGAAUAUUGAAGCUCUUGAGAUGGUGUAUAACUUUGGAAUGGAGGAUAAGUUUUCAGCUUCUACAGUUCUAACUUCAUUCUUAAGGAUGAGCAAGGAGUCAUUUGACGAGGCAAAACGAAAAGCCCACUCACCAUUGGCAUUUAAAGAGGCGACUGAAAAGCAGAUAGGUACACUAUCAUCAGUGAUGCAGUUUAUGGAGACUCACAAGUUAGACCCUGCGAAAGAACUACCAGGGUGGCAGAUCAAAGAAGAAAUUGUUAAGCUGGAGGGUGACACUCUUCAGCUCAACAGAGAGAUGGAAGAGAAAGCAAGAUCCAUCAGUUUAAUGGAGGAAGCGGUACUUACCAAGAGAUUGUAUAACCAACAGAUGAAACGUCCGAGGUUGUCACCCAUGGAAACGCCACCAGUAGCUUCUUCAUCAUAUUCUCCUCUGUACCGUGAUCGAAUCUUUCCUAGUCAAAGAGACGAAGAUAGAGAUGAAAUAUCAGCUCUUGUGAGUAGUUACCUUGGCCCGUCAUCAUCUUUUCCUCAUCGCUCAAGUCUCAGAAGAUCCCCUGAAUAUAUGGUUCCACCUGGUGGUUUAGGAAGAAGUGUAUAUGCAUAUGAACAUCUGCCUCCAAAUUCAUACUCUCAGGCUAACGGACAGAGAGUUCCUCGGCAGUACUCUCCGGUUCAUGGACAGAGACAUCCACGGCAGUACUCUCCUCCAAUUCAUGGACAACAGCAACAAAUACCAUAUGGUCUACAAAGGGUUUACAGACAUUCACCAUCUCAAGAAAGAUAUUUGGGUUUAUCCAAUCACAGGUCUCCUCGUAGUAACUCAUCACUAGACCACACAUAGGAGGAAUGUAAAUGCUUUUUGUUUUUGUUUAAGGUAGUUUAUUUUUUCCCCACAAUAGUCAAAAUUUAAGUUAUUUUGUAAGGCUUAAGAAUGCAAAAAAUUUUGCUCUCUGUAAUUGACAUUUCAGAUGCUAAUGUUAUAUGCUUCACAGGUUUUUAGUCAA